AUUGAACAACCCACUUUUUCUUUGGAUAAUAGAAGUUGACAGACCCGCCUUUAAAUAGAGGACAGUGGGACAGUCUGAAAUGAAAGAUGGCGUCGUUGAUGUGCUUUCUUCGCUCGGGGAAGAAUGCUGUUUCAGCUGUCCUCCGGAGGGAGUUUCAUAAGACGCCGUCUGCUGCUGUGCAGGUGACGGUGAGAGAUGCUCUUAACCAGGCUAUGGACGAGGAGCUGGAGAGGGAUGAGCGUGUGUUCCUGCUUGGUGAAGAAGUUGCACAGUAUGAUGGUGCCUACAAGGUCAGCAGAGGUCUUUGGAAGAAGUAUGGGGAUAAACGCAUCAUUGACACACCCAUUUCAGAGAUGGGAUUUGCCGGCAUUGCUGUUGGUGCUGCCAUGGCUGGCCUGAGGCCCAUCUGUGAGUUCAUGACCUUCAAUUUCUCCAUGCAAGCCAUCGACCAGGUCAUCAACUCGGCAGCCAAGACAUACUACAUGUCAGCCGGGCUGCAGCCUGUGCCCAUUGUGUUCCGAGGGCCCAACGGUGCAUCUGCAGGAGUAGCAGCUCAGCACUCGCAGUGCUUCGCUGCCUGGUAUGGCCACUGUCCUGGGUUAAAGGUCGUAAGUCCCUGGAAUGCAGAGGAUGCCAAAGGGCUCCUUAAAUCAGCCAUUCGUGAUGAUAAUCCAGUGGUGGUGCUGGAAAAUGAGCUGCUGUACGGCGUGGCCUUUGAGAUGUCUGAGGAAGCACAUUCCAAAGACUUUACCAUCCCCAUCGGAAAGGCAAAAAUUGAGAGAUCAGGAAGUCACAUCACUCUCGUCUCACAUUCCCGAAUGGUUGGUCAUUGUCUUGAUGCUGCUGCUGUCCUGGCCAAAGAGGGGAUUGAGUGUGAGGUUAUAAACUUGCGCACCAUCAGACCCCUUGAUGUAGAAACAAUCGAAACCAGCGUGAUGAAAACCAACCACCUGGUAACAGUUGAGGGAGGCUGGCCCCAGUUUGGAGUUGGUGCUGAGAUUUGUGCCAGAAUCAUGGAAGGUCCUGCGUUCAACUACCUGGAUGCUCCUGCCGUCCGAGUUACUGGAGUGGACAUCCCCAUGCCAUAUGCAAAGAUUUUGGAGGAUAACAGCUUACCGCAAAUCAAAGACAUCAUCUUUGCAGUGAAAAAGACUCUAAAUGUGUCAUAGGCAGAAAAACGGUUUACGCACUUUCAGGAUGUUUCACUCUUUCCUGGCCCUAAAAACCAUUGUGAUUCCCCCAGCUACCAAAUAUGCCAGAAAGGAUGUACUAAGUAGUUAAGAAUCUCACAUAUGUAUAUUGGUCUUUCUGUUACAUGAUGGGUCUCAACUAAUCAGUGGAUGUCUUGUAUCUGCAAGAUGUCUUUUGUCCUAAAAAGGGAUAUUUAUUACCAAAGGGUGAAUCCAGCCUUUGUGUAUUUUCUAAAUGUUCUAAUAUUAAGAUGAAAUUUAAUAACAGACAGCACUUAAUCAUCUUGGCAGCACUUAUUUAUAUCCUCUUUGGCAAGACGUGUCCUUUAUUGCUAGAAGUGUAGUCUUGUGAAGACAUUAUGCAGAAUUCCCUUUCAUUAAACAGAAGUGACAGGA